AUGGAAGUUCCCGAGCAGGAACUGCCCCCUUCCUAUGAGUGGUUUGCAGAUCAGAUUGCAGGCCAUCAUCCGUCGGUGAUCAAAAACGGAAAAAGGGAAAUAGGUGCCUCUUAUUCAAAUGUUAUUUACACUUCUAAUGCCAGGGCUAUGAAGCUUCGGAAAAUGAGUGUUUUAGGUAUUCUUAAACAAAAUGGCAGUGACAAGGUCCUAAAACCAAAGCAAGACGGUUUGCGAGGAGAAUGUGAGGUCAAUGUCUACAAGUUGCUGGAAAGUGCAUUGCGUCACACAACUUCCGGAGAAGUAAAUUACGAUGGUCGAGGCAACAGCAAGCCGAUUGGAUGGGAGAGUGUUAGGGAAGAAGAUGUAAUUGGCCUUACUCAGUUGACUCCAGCUUUUCACGGCAUAACAUCUGUCUCGAUAGAUAAAGAAGGUGAAUCUACGUAG